AAUUCGAGAUUUCAAUUUUGUCUUGAGCCCUAAUUAUCACCGUUGCUUCGAGCAGACACUCUCGCAACCGUGUCUCUCUCUCCGCCACCGUUUCUCUCGCGGCCGUCACUCUCCCACGACCGUCUGUCUCCCCCGCCACCAUCUCUCUCGUGACCGUCUCUCUCUCUCUCCCGCCACCGUCUCUCUCGUUACUAUACUGCCAUGUUUUUGGCAAAAGCAUUCGGGCGAAGAUUCUUUGCUGCAGCUGCUGCAAGAUCAAAACAAUAUUCAACUACAACUACUGCUGCUGCUGGCAGUCAAGGGCAUAACCCUCUUCAAGAGUUCUUUGAGGUAGACAGGACCCCUGAUGAUGAAAAACCAGUUGUCUAUGGUCGGAGUUGGAAGGCUUCUGAAUUGCGUUUGAAAUCAUGGGAUGACCUUCAGAAGUUGUGGUAUGUGUUGUUAAAGGAAAAGAACAUGUUGAUGACUCAACGUCAAAUGCUUCAUGCACAGAACUUGCGUUUUCCUCACCCUGAGCGCUUACCGAAGGUGAGGAAGUCAAUGUGCCGCAUCAAGCACGUGCUUACUGAGAGAGCAAUUGAAGAACCAGAUGCAAGGAGGUCUGCGGAGAUGAAAAGAAUGAUAAAUGCUCUUUAAAAGGAUAUUUUCCCGAUGCGAUGUUGGGUAUCCUGUAAGAAUAGGGCAUCUACUUUCAUGGAUGUUAGAAGAUUGCUGACUAAGGCAGAGUGUUCAACUACAUGAUUUAUUCAAAGUUUUGCCUUCUGUUGGAUUCUAGCUUGGUUUUGUUUCUCUUUAGAGUCAAUCUCAGCUGAAAUAUAAUCAAACAUUUAUUGUUCCCUGCAGCCAAUAAUUAUGGUUUUACUACUAACAUUGCCAUUGUGAUAAAACUGCUGAAUGUUCAUAACAUUACCUUUACGAACACCAUCUGCUGAAUGUUCAUAACAUUACCUUUGUGA